AUGAGAUAUACGAUGGUGACCGGAACGCCUCCAUUUGUGGCUGAGAAUAUCAAGAAGCUGGAGCCUGACUAUAAUGUGAAAGCGUUGAAGUACGAGUUUGCUUUGAAGGAUUUGUUGAAACGAAUGCUUGAGAAAAACCCGAUCAAGCGAAUCUCGAUCGGCCAAAUCAUCAAUCAUGAAUGGGUAACAAUGGAUGGUUUCUAUCCAAUCAACAUGAGUGACACGAUGUCGUUGCUCUCCACCGAAUUGAAAGAGUUUCCAGGUUCCUCCCAUCUGAGAGAGCCGCAUAUAACUUCGACUGCUUCUGGCGAGCAGUUUAUCUCUCCUACCUCCAAUCGUCUCCAACACAUUUUGGAAUCGUCUCGCUUUUCUACAGAAUACGAGAGGAAGUCUCAUUCGGUUCGACACAGCACUUCGUAUUCGAAUUUGGAAGACAUGAACGAUGAUGAUUUUAAAUCGGAAGAUUAUGAGGCAGAAGAGGAUAUCUAUGAAGACGAGUCGCUCAAAGAUCGACCAUCUAUAGGCUUCGUAAAGAGAAGAGAAGCAAAGAGUAGUUCUUGUUUGGAACGAGAUGUGCGAUCGUUUCAGAUAUCGAAUUCGAUAACAUCCUUAUCUGGACAGAACACAGAACCCGACGAUUUCGAUCAUGACCGUCGUUCUUGUUCGCCGAUGAACGAUUCCUCGCAGUACACGCCUUCCUUGCGACACUGCUUGAGUAUUGACAGCACGACGGUUAGCGAAGGCCAGCCGAAUCUAUCGAUCCACACUUACGAUUAUCCACAGGACCAGCCCGCUCCACCCGUAGGCGUCAACACAUCAAGACGGUCCGAAGGCUCGAUUUCUUCAUCCCAUGUUUUGGUGGGUCGGGGAGCCGUUUCUUCGACGAACCAAUCGAAUCCUAUGCUUACGAUUCAUCGCCAAAUUUCGAAUUCAGAGCUUUGUAGUUCGGAAUGCCAUCACACCAAGAAAAUCCAAAGCAAUCGGUUGCUCUGUGAUUUUAUUUUGAUCCUAGGCAGUCGUCCACGUUUAAUUCAUCACCUCGUUCGCUGCGUAGUCCUUCGGUGUCUCUACAGUCCACAAGCAAUAGCCAUCUUUUACCCAUGGCUGAUCAAGGGCAAAGCCGCCAAGAUAGUUUUUCGAGCACCCACUCCUCUUCCAAUCUCGAAAACGAUCCACCCAAUCAAUAUGAAAUAA